AUGGAGAACAAGAGCUGCAAAGGGGACAGCCUGCGGCCACCUGUCCAAUGCAAACACUCUGUAGAGAAGAAGACGAUGACUAACCCCACCACGGUGAUUGAAAUCUACCCAGACACCACCGAGGUGAAUGAUUACUAUCUCUGGUCCAUCUUCAACUUUGUAUACCUCAAUUUCUGCUGUCUGGGAUUCAUUGCCUUGGCAUAUUCUCUGAAAGUAAGUACCGAUCUUAGCCCUUUUUAGUGAGGCUCUCUGGGGCCAUAGCUGGAGAAAGUCUGUGCCCCUCCACCUGGGCUCGUUAUAGUGAAGCUGAUUUACUGCAGCUCUCUGAUGAGAACUGCUCUUUCUUGCAUGUUAUCAGGCGUAAUGUGUUGGGUUCAGGAGAAGUACUUUCUCUCUAGGGGGGCAUGAAUAUUUUGGUUUGUGGGGCACAAAUGUUUUGGCUGUGGAGCAUGAAUAUUUUGGUUUGUGAAUGGCAUCCAACAGAAUAAAGAAAAGGAGCAUUCUAAUAACCUGCAGGCAUUCAUAGGAAUCUGGAUGGGUAAGAUGAGAAGAAUCAGCCAUUAUAGAUCUGAAUUGGCUUUGGCUGUUGCUGAAGAUUUGUGAUUAUCUCUCUUCCGAUUUCAUGGUUAAUAAGGUUGGCAAAUGAGUUUUACAACUGGCAGACAAAGAGCUAGCUGGGGGAGAAAUGUAAUUAAAAGUAUUUUGGUGAGUUAGGGAUUCUUUCGUGCCAUUGCCAUCCCUACCAUCACCAUCCAUCAUUGUGUCAUUUUCUACAUUACUUGUAAUGCCCUUCAUGAAUAGUAUUGGAUUAUUCUUUACAACAGUCUUAUGAGGUAGGUUAUUAAUAUCCCUCCUUUUUUGUAGAAGAUAAUCUGAGAUUGAGAAAUUGUGGCUUUCUCUGGCUUUCCAGUGAAUCUAUGACUGACUAGGGAUUUUAACACAGUGCUAACAGGACUGUACUAACACUCAUAUUCCAUGAAGCAUUAUCCGUUCAUGCAGGACUUUUUAAACUUUAAUACAGCUUUUACUGAAUUGCUUCCCAGUUUAACAGGCUAGAAUAUUUUGGCACAGCUAGGUUUUAGAAUGUUUGCCCCUCAUGAAAGCUAGGAAUGUGGUUUGGAUUCUUCAACUAGAAGUUCUCCAAGUAGAUGCAUACUUGAAUUUGUUGCAUCACUGUUUUGUGAACAUCUGGAGUCCAACUGAUGUAGAAGCAUGUAAUAAUACUGUUGCCUGCAGUGGAGGGACGGUGAAUAUUUCUGCAAGCUGAGAAUGUGGCUUAGUUUCAGCAAAGGGUAAUCUUUGAAAACAAUAUUUUAAGAGCUCCACGGAAGAAUGCUUCAUAAGAAUCUAAUCAGAAUCAGCGGGAGUCCUUUUUACGAACUUGUGGCAUUGGCAUCUGACCCUUAGUGAGAAGCCUUUUUGUUUUGGGGAUCUGAUUGGCUCUCGAUGGAAAGGAAUUGUUUGAUGAAUGCAGCAGCUGCAAACCGGAAGACCUGAGAAACCCUUGGGAAGCAGCCUUAAGCACAGAUGAAUCGCUUGUCAGCUUCUUACUCUGCUCUUCGGGGGACCUCUAGGUCUCUUAUAACCCCUGCUGCGUUAGGCCAGCUUCUUCCUUUGGCAAGUGGGAGCAAGAAGGGGGUGAAAGAAACAGCUGCUGUUCUGCUGCUGUUUAGAAUACCCAGGCGAGGAGGAGGAAAGCAACUCAUGCUUCACUCUCCCUUGGGCCUUGUAAAUUACAAGGUCAGCAAUGGAGACCUUCUAGGAGAGCAAGAUUGCUGGCUGGAGUGGUGGAAGACAGAGGGGAUGGUACAUGUCAUAUGGGCAAGGAAGGUGGCUCUAGAAAUGGGAGCUUUGAUUUAAAAAUAAAAAAGGGAAAUCAGCAAACAUGCAGGAGAUGAUGCACUCAGGCAAUUGAGUUAAAGGGAACCUACAGCCAGUUAAAAGGCUGUAAAAGCCUUUUGGCUUGCUUGGUCAAAACAGGAAUGGAGAUGGCAGGGGUGGGAGAUGAAAUUCUGGCCAUGUAGCUUCUCUAGCUUGUGUAACCUUUUCUAAGGUAACACUACCCUCUGAGCACACCAGACCUGCUGUAAUUAUUCCUCAUAACUGCAGGGUGAAUAUGAGCCAGCUGGGCUCCAGGAUUUCACUGCUCGGUGCAGCCAACAAGCAAAUUGCGAUCAUCUAUCAAGGAAGAAUGGAUGGCGACUUCCCCUUUUACAUAUGGGGGGGAAUAGCUAUCUGGAUGUGGGGAUAAAGAAGGCCCAGGGGCUGUUGUGUAGCCUCUAAUAUAUCUGAGGUCCAGAGGGGAAUAUAACGGAUGUGUUUUGGCAGACAGCAUUUACACUAUUCAGAGGGAUUUCAUCACAGAAAUAGAUCAAUUAAUUGCAUAUAACUCCAGCGACCGUGAAUUCCACAAGAGAGCAAUAGGGUUGUUUCCAAGCUAGCUGCACCCUCAGUCUCUUUGGUUUUACAAGCUGGCCACCAAAUACCUGGCUUUGCUCCAACAAACUCUUGUGUCCCCCCCCCCUCCGAAAAAAAAUAUUAUUUGGGGGCUGAAUAACUUGCCUCCUUUGCUUGUGUUAUUGUAUUUCUCCAUUUCACUACAUGUGAAAUAGGGUUGCAGAUGCCUCCCUCAGUCUCAUGAAAGAGAUUUUGGGAGGUCGGAUGCAGUUAAUGGGCUGUUGUGUGCCAACAGCUCUACAAGGGCUUAGCAAUUUUUUGGCAGGCGGCUCAAAAGUUAUAUGGCUCACCCCACCCCCUUCAAAACAUGGCUUCAAAACUUUGAGAGCAGAGUCUCCUUUAGAAAUGGGAAGAAGGUCAUUCUGCUCACAAAGUCCCCCUUUAAUCCUCAAGCUGUAGGGUGGGUUGCAGGGGAUUUUUGGUACCGUUAUCUGCCUUCCUCACAAGCGUCUUUCAAGAUGGGAAAGAAUGUCAGAGCAAACAGGCCGUGGCUGUUCUGUGUUAACUUUGGGCAAAGGCAAGACAAUGUAGCACAACAGGCCGGCCUUCUGUGUAUCUCAGUGUAGCAUUUGUGUGUGGGGGGGGGGAAUCACAUUUCAAGCUCUCAUUGUAAAAGAGAAAAGUUUGAAAAAUGUGCAGAUCAAAAUGCACUAAAAUUUUUGUAGCCAUGGGAGUAGAAAGGUGAAGAUUGAAUUUGACCUCAGUUUUGUGUGCCAAGCUUCUGGGCCAUACUCAGACUUCCUUCAAAGCUGCUAGGCUCUUAUUCUCUAUCCUUCCUUCAAUCACCAUGGCUCAAGCCUUAGUUUCUUCCUUGUCCUGUCCUGCCAUGGCUCUUAUCAAAGUAUCCCAUGUUCUGUUGAAACCCAAAUUGUAUAUAUCUUACUAAUUUUCAAACAAUAGGGCAUAUCUCCACAGGUGGCACCUUGGUUUUUCACUUUCUAGCUCUUGUGUAUUUGACCUUCUCAUUCCUCAUUGUACCUUAUUUAGUCCUCAUUGGUUUUCUGCCCAUCCAGCAUGUCUUUGGUUCAGUGCUUCAGGAGUAAUCUGCCUGCAAACAGGACUAACAUGCCAGGGCCGUCAGAGGGCCAGCUGACCAGACCUGGAGCAAAAGGAAUGUUCUCUGCUCCAAGGUGCCCAAUGUCAGUUGCUGAGGUUGGAAGCUGAAGCCUGAAGUGCAGCACAAAGAGGAUACUUUGCUAACCAGGCAAGAGUCAACUAAGUCCAAGCUCCCAUUGUUUAUGCCAGACCUGGGCAUUCCCAGAUGUGUCAUACUGCCCACUACUUCCAGGGUUGGAUGUUGCAGAUCACCACUCUCUUCCUUGAUCUGAGGUCUGAGCGCACACAGUUGCAGCCACCUGACCAAGCCAGGCUGCAGGUAGAGACCAGGCCAGGUGAUAAGGUGGGGAAUCAGGCCCUGGGGUCCCUGACACAGCACUGAUAAAUGGUCCUCCUAUGGAUUUUGGUAAAACUUCUGUGAACACUUCUGCUUUUAAGCAAACUUCCAAGUGAGCAAGAACAGGGAAAAUACAACACUAAAUAAGAACAAGCAGUAUGAAUGAUAGGGAGAGUGGUAUAAAGUAUGCCGGGCAUUAGUUAUGCGUGAGGUUCCUCAGUGACAAUCUUUGCAGCAAAUUCUUAUUGCUGGCAGUCUACCAUGUAGCUGCAUUAGCAGUACAUGCUGCCUUUUUUUUUUUUAAAGGAUCAGAAUCCAUGGGGUGCUUCUGAAGAGGUUGCAGAAGAGUGUGUGCUACCCUGGUUGUCUAUGUUUCCUUUCCUUUCCCCCCAUUUCUGAGUGCCAGCCCAAACAAAAUUAUUGUACAACAGCAUUCAAGGGAAAGGGGGAAGCCACUGAGAAUGCCUUUUUAUGUGCCCUUGUUGGUCCACCUUGGAGCAUGGAUAGUAGUGAGAUGGCAGCAUGCGGCAGCUUCUGAAGCACCUGUUGCCUAUUUUUUAUAUGGCACCAUUGCUAGGAAACCUGACCUUCACUUGUCACUGUGAUAUUAAAGAGCUGAAAUUUGACAAAUCUUCACACCCUUGCCCCAAAGGACAAGAAAAAUGAGGAAAAUCCUGAUAUUAGAUUGAUUAAGGGGAGAGGAAUCAGAGGUGCUGCCGGCAUUCAGUAGACAGCUCUUGUAGUAUGCUGAAGAUGCAUCUCUUGCCUUGGCCUUUGACACCUGAGAUGUGUGUUGUUGGGUGGCAUUAAUAACAAUAAUACAAUGGAAUAAUACAAUGCUGUGCAUGACUAUCAGCACAGGGAGAGGUUCAGCAGAGGGCACUUUGCAGCCUGACCACCUUAAACCUAGAGCUCACUGUGCCCUAGAUGGCAUCUUGUGUUUAUGCAAUGGGUUGGAGACAAAGAACAGAGAACUUGCCUGUGGAGGGCAAAGGGUCAGGGUUUGGGUUUUGACAGAAAUGUUGAAAAAGGUUUCUAAGGGAGAAACCCAGAAAUGGGUUAUUGUGGAGAUGAGUUUCUUAUUCUCUGCAAAUUCUUAUUCUCUUUGCAAAUUCUGGGACAGCCCAAACACAUUUUAGGUUUUAUUGGGAUGGCUUUUCUGUGCCCAAGAGAAAUGUCUGUGUGCAGUUCCCUCACCUCGUGGGAAGAAGAGGCCUCGGGAGAGCACGUAGCUUGAAGGGAAGAGAACACACACAGGCAAAGUUAAGACGGCCCAUGGGAUUUUGGGGUUUAAAAAACCCCUCUCGCACACACCCUGCCUUAAUGUCACAAUAGUCUUGGCACCAACAGAACGGGCGAGGCAGCAAGAGGAAUUUGGAGACUGUGAGCCACAAAACCCAAGAAGUGGCAAGGAACCUGAGGUGGAGAUGCAGAAUUUUAGGUACGGAAUGAAACUUUGGUGGCGAAUCAUACCAUUAUUUAUUAAGAUUUUUCAUUAUUAACAAUAAAUAAUAAUAAAGAAUGAAGAAGAAUUAGAAAUAAAAUUAGAACAACUUAGAAGUCAUUUGAAGUGUUAACAUAGCUAUCAAGAAGAAAAUAGGCUUAUUAAAUUGAAUGAUACAUCCCUAACUCAAAUUCUCUACACAAGUUCUCUACACAAAAGUGUGUCUUUUCAGCAGUUGCUCCACAGGCAUGGUGAUUCUCUCCCCAAAUAGGUUUUUAAAUCUUUUUUCUUUGCCAGUUUUUCUAGAGGAAAGUAAAGGCCUUUUUUUUUAUUAGCCCCCUAAGCAUUUUGGGAAUAGGGUAUUUUAGCUGCCUGUUGUUUGACACUGCUGCUUUUGUAGUUAAUCUGCUGGUACUCAUUGUUUUAAGUUAUUUUGCUGCUAGCUUCUUUUUGCAGUUCUUCUGCUUGUGGUUUAUUGCUAAUUUUAUGUUGUAUUUGGUAUGUUUUUAUUAUUACCUAAUUAACAGGAAAAAACAAGGUAGAUAGAUGAUGACUGUUGUGACGACAGUGACAACGGCAUUAAUGAUAAACUAUUUUAACUAAUUAAAAAGGUGGGACUUGAGUCUGAUGCACACUUGAGAGGUUGCAAAACCUGCACCAUGCACUGGGAUGAGCAGUUUUUGAGGUAAGGCGGGGUAGGGGGCUCCGUGUUUGCAUACUUCUCCCAUAGAAGUCAGUGGCAGCUAUUGACUUCUAUGUGGAAGAAAAGAAACAAAUUCUGGUCAAUAAAACUGGGGUCAGGUGCCAUAGAAUCCACCCUUGAAAGCAGAGAGUGAAGGUAACGGUGGAACUUAAUAGAACUGUUGCCCAGCCUCUCUACAGUGCAUCUCUGUGCAGAGGGUGCUGAGAUGAACUGUCCCUCAUAGUAGCUCAGUAAACAUGUACUUUCGCUUCAGAAUAAAGCCUCCCUCACACAUUAAGUCAUGUUAAGGGAAUCCACCCACUGAGGUGCCUCUGACCCAACCCCAACAUAGAGCAGCUGCUAAUCUCCAUGUACCCCAGCAAUAUGGCCUUUUGUUAUAAAUCUGUAUACAUCUGUGUCCCUUGAGAGAUAGCUCAGCCGGUAGAGCAUGAGACUCUUAAUCACAGGGUCAUGGGUUCAAGCCCCACAUUGGGCGAAAGAUUCCUGUGUUUCCAACUCUGCAAUUCUAUGAUGAUUCAAUGAUCUUUAAAAAUGUCGGUAUUCUCGAAACAUUUGAUUAGGGAAAUGUAAAAGUACUUUUCAUUUCUGUUAUUUUCAGAAUGGUAUAAUACAUCUUAAAUCGAGUUGGUAGUCAUUGGGUUGGUUUGCAUUUGAUGCCAAAUCAUGGUCUGGCUACCUUCAGGUUGCACACUCCUUCUGAUUCUCCCCCCACCCAUGCUCCUCUCAUCUGUACCAAUUUUCCCCACCCCUGGAUCCAACUGGGCUGACUGUGGUUAAUCUGCAAGUCAGAAUUAGAAACUUCAGGUGUCAUCAGUGCUGCAGAUGGGAUGAUUGUAGAUACUUUAAGCGUAUCUGCAGCGCCCCCACCCCCAAGAAUUACUGCUCCUUUUUGCAGAUCAUGAGCUGCGAAAUUGGAGACACCAUUUUGGUUUCAGACCUAGUGAGACAUACAUUUGGAUAAACAAUAGUGUUCCAUUAAAGCAGACAUGUCAAUUAGAAGUCCUAAGAGGUGGUAGUAAAAAUAGUGAAGGGUAACUUAUUACUCUGUGUAGACAAGCAUUAAAUGAGCCUUGAGCCCAAUUCAAUCAUCUCUGGAGCCUGUUAUAUUUCACAAAGUUUUCUGCUUUGUGUUAUGGCAAGGUGCUUUAGAAACAAUUAUUUUGUUUUGCUGAUGUAUCCUUUUAAGGAUAAUUGCAUACAAGAUUUAAAAGACCUUUGACAGAAGUUGGGAAUCCUCUGAUAAUAUUGCCAAAUUCAAUAGGCUGGAUUCAACUUACUAGUGGAAACCUGUGCAGGAACUUCUGCUAUGGCAAUGGGGCUUUCCUGCCCUUGAGCCCACUCCCCAAUUAGCUCUGGGACAUCUUGGAGAGAAGAAAAGGCUAAGGAGUAAACCCUACACAAAUUUGGAGUGGAGUCCCUAGGACGGUUGCCUUGUACGCCUCCUUCUGGCAACUCCUGCAGCCAAGCUGGUGCCAAAUGUAGUGCUCUGCUUUCCUUUGGGUCACAUCACCGAGGCCUGGACAGCCCAGCACCUCCAUACACACUGCUCAGGCUUGUGCCGCAGGAAGGACCCCAGUGCUUCUAACACAGCAAAAACAAUGCAGGAGGCAGCAUUUACCAGUCUCUGCAGCUACAGCAGGCAUUGUGAUUCUCCACUGGUUUGACUUCACCCCUGGAGGUGCACUCCAUUGUCAACUGGUGUGUCUCAGUGGGAGCUAAGAUGACCAAGGAAGGCAUAGGUGAUGGGCAGAAAUUACUUAGUCUUCUUCCUCCAACUAUAGCAGGAAGAGAAGUGAUUAAACUAGUGUCUGUGAAAAAUAAAAUAAAAUUAUGAGACUUAAAGUUUUGAGCCAGGCAGAUCAGAAGACAGAAAAUUGAACUGGAGAUCUGUAACAUCUCAGGAUGCAGCCUGUUCCACUGAAGCUGAUGUGGAGACAGAUGAAUGUUGAGUGUCUGUUGGAGUUGUUAAGCAGAACUCUUCCAUCUAUGCUCACCAUGUAUAGCUGAAAAUAGAUGCAAACAUUACAAAAUGUCUUAAGCCCCAGCGACUUCAUGCCAAAGAAACACAAACCUGGGUAACUGCUUGCACCUGAAAUUUCGCAUCGCUCAGAGAACUGGGACAUUGGGGCAAGUGCAGCAAUUUAAUCUGAAGUCAAUGAAAAAGUUGCAUGCUGAAUACACAGUGCAAAUAAUGUAUUGGCAAUUUGUUCAUCUUUAAAUUUAAAUGCCUGGUUAAUUAAAGGAAUAAGUCUGUACAUUGAAACAGGCAGCAAAGGGUUGACGUUGGGUUAGAAAGGAAAGUUUUCUUUAGAAGAUUCUUGUAGCAUAGGUCUUGGAAUAGCUUGUUUUCAUCCUUCACCCCAAUUUAUUUAUUGUUUUAAUAAAAUGGACUCUUGUGCACCAUAACAGUAGUUUGAAGAAUGCUUUCAUCUAUGGGCAAAGAGUUAAGCCAGAUAUUCUGAAAUCUACAGCCCAAUAACUACAAAUGUCAGCAUGAGCUAGACUUGUUCAUUUAGGAGAGAGAGAAAAUCCUUAACAGGUGUCUUGGAUGAUGUGUAGUUUUCCAAUUCUUACAGUCCUUAUAACCUCUCAUUUCCUCAGGUUUAUAAUCUAGGCUUUGAAGAAGAGCUAGCCAGUCAAAAGCUCCAUAAAAAUUUCAUGCAGAAGAUGCAGAAGUGCUUAGUGCAGGCUUCAGUAAAGAUGGAAGGUUGAAGGAGGUACUCCAUACUUUGCAGGAUCAGAGCCAUGCUUACUGCAUGUAAAUGUCAUUUGGAUGUAAACCUUAGUGGUAAAAUAAAUGUUUGGAAUCCUCCAGAGGGAUAUAGAUAGAAGUCUGUUUACCAAAAGUACUCAGAAUCUAUAGCUCCCAUUGACUCUUUCAGAACAGAGCAAUUCUAAAGAUCCAAGAAAAUGGCUAAAACUAAGGAAAGAGAAACAAGCUGAUCAUUAAGGUAGUGUUGAUGUCUGUCAGUCCAUGGAACCGCUGGUGUUUGUUAUAACAGAGAAAUAAAUGAAAUAACCUGCCUUGUGCACUGAUAAGAGCAAUAUAAGGAAUGUCAGCAGGAGCAUGUGGUGGGCUAGACAGUUUCUGUAUCUUCAUAGCUCUCACUGCCAGAAGGGACUAUUAUGGUCAAUUAUUUUGACCUUCUGCAUGGCACAGGUCAGAAGAUUUUCUGUCAGUAAUUCCUGUAGCAAGCCCAUAGGGCUCUUCUCUCUCUUACAGCUCUGAUUUUAUAGCAGGGAAGAGAUGGAGAGAAAUGGAAAAAAUGCAAGCACAACAUUUUUCAAAGGCACAGAAAGAGAGUGACAAAGGAGGCAGUGCCCAUUGCAUUUGUGGCUUAUGCACAGGGGUCUGUGGAAUAGAUAGAGGCAGAGUGUAUAGCAAAAUGAGCACUUUGCUGAGUGAUGAACGUGUUUCAGAUUUCUGCUCCAUCCUUUUCUCUCAUGGAGGGCAGCCUGAAAAACUAAAGUGUCUAUUUAUAUAUUGUUGGAAUGUAUCCACUCCCUCCUUUUCUACUGUGCUAGAGUACAGUCCAGUUUUUCAAAGUCUUGCAAUGCUCCCACUGCCCUAAUCCUAUUCAGGCACUUGCUUCCUAUCUUAAAUCAACAUGUGAUGGGAGAGAAUGGGGAUAAAGUGCACCAACUCUGUCCUGCGGUAGUUAUUGGCAGGACUGUGCUGCUUACCUGACCCCCUCUCACUGUCAUCACUGUGAUGUACCAGGAAGGGUGAGGAGCAAGGUAGUGAUGAGUUCAGCAUGGUGCAAGCACACCAACAGCAGCACCAGAUAGAUUCCAUAAGUGCAUACGCAUAAUGCCCAUCUCAAAGCCACCUUACUUCUUCCCUUCAUGAAAUGCCGCAGUGACAGCAGUGAUCAGGGGUCAGGCAAGCAUCUCUACCUUGCCCUGAUGACUACCACUGCUGCCCUGGUCACCCUCCAGAAGCUGGAAGGUGAUUGUCUGCAACAGGGAGCCUGCUGUGCUCAUGUAAGUGCCGCACACAAUGUUAAACCCUGACAGUCUCCUUCUGACUCAUAGAGGAUGGUGGGGAUGGGGACAGGGAAAGCAGAGUUCAAUGAAUGCCUAAAUAUGGAUCCUGACUGUGCAUAAUACUCGCUGGACUUGCUUGCAGAAUAAGUUGCAAUAGAUAGUAAGUUAAAUGGUGACUGAGGUGUGCACUGUUUGCAUUGAAAUGCCCUUAGGCAUCCUAAUGAUAAGACAGGAUGAGAAGUGCAGAAUGGAUACAUAGCUAAAUUGCCCCCUAGCUGCUAAGCAUUUCAUAAAUCAAAGCCAGCCUCCUGAAUUGUGUCUGGGAUCCCAUAGAGAAACAGUGCAAGUUCUCACUGGUGUAAUAUGCUCCUGCUGCCUAGUUUCAUCAAGGGAUGGCUUCGCUCUGCAGCAGUUAGAGCUCUCUGACGAUUAUCAAGGGCAGCCGUGUGCUGAGUGUAUUACAUUGUACUGUGGCAAAGAGAAGGUAUGAACCGUGUCACCAGAUCUAUAUCCAGCUUUCUUACCAGGUGGACCUGGUGAAAAGCAUGUCUGACCACUGCUAUAGGUUAACCCUCCAGACUGAGCAACAGGCCUAGGAGCACCCCAGCACUACAGCCUUGAAUGACAAUAUGAAAUCUUCACUACUGUCUCUUUUUCCCCUCCAUGGGGGGCGGGGGGAAGCUUGCAUACUUCUAGACCAGUAGAAGGUUAUCUAAAUCAAAAACAACAGCUACGACUACAUCUUAUUUUUUAUCUUUUGGGAAACCUGACAGUGGUAUUGAAAAGUGGAAGCAUUGUCCCAAUUUACUAUAGACCAUCCUAAGACUGAUUUAACUAAAUUUCAAGUGACAGCUUGCGUGUGGGAAUCACGGAUUGAUCACUACAGAUAACAGCUUUUCAUUUCGUGUGAUUUCAUCUCAAACACAAUACGUUUCAAUGACCACAGUUCAGCUGAGAUUAAUCAAAAGUUGAUUAAAGUGGAAUAAAGUGAUAAGAAACUGCAUAAGUGGAGAUCAAGUGCUGUGCAUGGCUAUUUACUUGACACAGCCCCUGGUGUUGUGUAAGCUCGGGCAAUGUAUAUUAAUUGAGAAGUAGUUUACUCCAGACAGUACUCAGACCACAACAGCAAUUUCUGUGAAGAACUUUGGCCUAUUAACAUCACUGGGGCUACAUGUUUGCUCAAGCAAAAUUAAUUGGGGCCUCAGUUGCGAAUACAACUAGAGGCUGUCUCUUGAAGAAGAAGAAACCUGUUUUGUGUUAAUGUAAGUUCAGAGUAUUGUACCUGAGAGGUAGCCAACAUGCCGAAGGCUAUAAGAUCCCCAGAGUUUGCUCUUGGAACUUUAAAUAAUUUAUGAACUUAAAAUAAAUUUAAAAAAAAUAAAAUGAUGUUGAAUAGCUAAAAUAUUGCCUUAAAUAGGCUCUAAAGUAUAGGACAUUAAGUUCAACAGGUUCCUAAGACCCCAGUCCUGGGAGCUGCCUUUGCAUCAGCACAGCAGCAACAUAUGGGAUGAGGUUUAAGAGUGCCGGGGCCAGAGAAAUGAUAUAUGAUGGCAGCCUUUACCUUCAUAUCCUGAGCAGCUCCAGGCUGGAUUUUUGUCCUAAACCUGCAGUUUUAUAAGAUUUUUGGAUGGGGUGGUGGUGGUGGUAUGUGGUACAAAAGCACAGAGGUCCCCUGUUGUUUGUCAACACUAAGAGGUUAGAUAUAUUUUUAAAGCCCCAAUCCUGGAUUUUUUAGGAAGAAGGUUCUUACUUAGCUUUCUCCCAAAGUGAUAUAAUUCCAUGUAAUAUGAUGCUGAUGGUCAUGUAUUUCAGCUUUCAGUGAAAGGGUUUUGCUGAUGGUCGGGAUCUGCCUCCUGAAGACCAGAAAGUAGUCCCCCCCCCCCAGGUCUGCUUGAGUUGCAGCUCUAUGGGAGGGUAUUGGUGGAGCAUGGAGUACUGCUUUUCCCUGCAGUAUUUGUUUUGCCUUGCCUGUGCAAGCCAUAUGAAGCUGCUUGCUUAAACAUGCACCUUUCUUCAUGCAUCUGGUUCUGACUGCAUGAUGGUAGAUAAUUUCGUCGGUUACAUAGUUUGAGAUAUAUGGGACAGUUGGGUUCUCCUAUGGGUUUUUUGGUUGCUUCCACUAUUAUAGGUCCAUUCAGGGCCAAAGUAAACUUGACAUUAAAUUCAUUAAAUUUCAAGUGCAAAUAAUAGCUUCAGAGCAGAGAGAUUUUCUUUACGACUGCAAGAAAGAAGGAGAUGGUUCAGUUCCUCCUCACUGCCUGCCACAAUCUUGAUAAUAAGGUUUAGGGAAGCUUUUAAUGUUUGAUGUAUUUCAGUAUUUUAAUACACCACCUCCCAGUAAUGAUCCACAUGGUAAUUUGCAGCACACACAACUUGCCACAUAAAUUGGCAGCAUGGAGAGCAAUUUAAAACAGCCCCCAUGUCUCAGCCCCCAGCAGGGACUGGGGUCUGAGUGCUAUGCCUUAUGCCAUUGGGAUCUCAGAAGAACCCUUAAGUGAUCCAGUGCAAGGACCAGAGGCAUUGACCAGGCAAAUCACAAAUUCCUUGAUCUAACUAACAGUCCUGCAAUCACCCUAUCAUUUUGACCUCUAAUGCCGCUGUCCAUGGUAGUGGCUGCAAAUCUUUUGACUCUGAUCAGCACUGAUCCGCCAACACUCUUCAGGGACAAUCACAAAAAUCAAGGAGUCAGUGUGGGUACCAUGUAGCAGGAAAAUGCACAGAACUUUGUGAAAUAUAAGCCCCCUGCAUGCCUACAAAAACCCCACGGGUCCCAAACUGGAAGAAAAUUAGGAGAAAGGGCUGAGGAGUCUAUCAUCAGCUGAUGGGCAGAGAUAUAAGUCACAAUGGGCCUUGAAAUCAGAGACUGGUAGUUGGAGGGUAAUGAAUUAUGAGAGCAAGCCAAGAGAGGAUUUUGAAAGAGUAAACGAGUAAGCGGUCUACAUGGAUUCAUCUUGAAGAGCAGGAGAGACAAAUGAGUUUUAACACAUAAUUUCUGGGUAUAUUUCAGAAAAGAGGGAAGUUUGGUUAUUUGCACAGCAAGCUAGCAUUUAGAACACUAAUUGCAACAGAGCUCUAAGAUCUAUUCUGUGUACGGGGGGAAGCUAUUUCCACCUGGUGUUUCUUAUGUUGGUGAAUUUCAGUAAAUACAUAUGUGGCUAUUCCCAUGCCUUUAAUAAACAGAAGCAAUGGUGUAUUCCUACCAUUUCAGACUAGUACUCUGUGUAACACAGACCUAGCCUGUGGCAUUCAUUUGCACAGUAUGUAGCAAUGAGGACAACUACAGAUAACGUUAAAAGUGCAUUGGGUGAAUUUAUGGAGUAUAAGCCCUAUCAGUAGUUUCUAAGCUAACACUAAAAGCAGAAGCUCCACAUUUAGAGGUAGUUCACUUCUGAUCAACAGAUGAGAGAUAAAUGGAGAUGACUAUCUUUAUCAUGUCCUGCUUGUGAGCUUUGCAUAGGUAUCUUGAGCAAUCACCCUUGAAGACAAAAUGCUGGAAAAUAGGCUUGUCCUGAUCCAGCAAGGUCAUUCUUAUGUGUUUUCUACCCUUUCCCUACCUGCAUGUAUAUGCAGAUUGGAGUUCUAACACAUUGUUUGUACAAGUCAUGGAAACAGGGAGAUAUGGGGAGGGGCUUGGCUUGGCUUCUAUAACAUUUGUCUCUUCUUUUUCAGCAGACUAGUUUUAAACUUCCUUUUUGGCACUAAAGCAUUGAACUGGAAGCGAGUGAGGCUCUCAUACAGAUGUGCCUUUGCAUUUUAAGUAGGAUGUAAAUUCAUCAAAUGAGAUUUGAUAGUUUUAUUCUGCUUGCUGAUCUCUUGAAAACCUCACACCAAAGGCUGCAUAAUGGAAACUGGAUCCCCAGAGGUUUUACUUUAAUUUAUUUAAUAAAUGGCACCUUUUCAGAAAGUCUGGGUCUAGUUUUGAAUUCUGUGCACUUUACCACAAUCUCGUUACAAGCUCGGGGAAACAUUUGGCCUUAGGAAUCUGUGUCUCAGCUCUCCAUUCCAUUUUCAUUGCCUUAUUACAAGGACAAAUAUAUUGAGGUUUCUGUUUUUGUUUUUUUUAGGUUUGAUAAGAGUUCACCCUUAGUAGCAUAACAUUAUUUGAAGUCAUUUUGGGAAAAGGGGUGAUUAAAAGAAAACAUGCAUCUGCACUACUCUGUGCAGCACCUGCAAAUAAUAUGAGAGAGAGAGCUGCAUUUGUGCUGCAUUUAUGUCUGGGUGGAUAGGGUUAUAUCAGGUAGACAGAGUCAGUGGACAGAAGUAGUUCACUAGAGAUAAUUGAGAAUCUGUCAGCAGCCUGCCCUGUGCCCAGUUGUGGCAGCUAUUCUACUAGUAAAUGCUGCAGAAACAUUAUGUGUGCAUAACUCUCGGGACAGGAUGUCUACACUGUGCCAGGAAAACCAUGAAUCUUCCUGGUGAGAGCACAAUGCCAAGAUCUCCUUUAUCGAUCCUUAUGCAACAGCAGCUAACGGAGAGGGAAAGAACAGCAACACAAGGCUAAAUGAGAACAGGAAAAAAAGAUAGUUGCACCUUGAGAAAUGCUGCUGACCAGGAGUUCUGCAUAAUAAAAGGCACAGCUGUGAAUCUAUUAACCCCCACAUAAUCACAAACCGGCACAUCACCAGAACCACAUGGAAACCAGGGGGGGAUUUUCCUAAAUGCCUAGAAUGCCACUUAAUAGCAAGAUGUGCAUGAUUAAAAAUGCAUUCGCUCAAUAUAUAUUUACCCCCCCCCCCCCCAAAAAAAACAACAACCACAAAAUGAUCAUAACAAUAGUAUGAAGACAGGACAUCCUGGAGUGGCCAAAGGUUAAAGAAGCUUCAAAGAGGGAAUUUUACAAGGGCAGCUUUUCUCAUCGCUGCAGGACCACCUGCACUUCCAGGAAUUCCCUUUUCUAUCCAAGCAGCUAUUAAACUCACAGGAGCCUCUUCCUCCUUCGAAUCUGGUCCCCUGAGGCUGUCAUUUGCAACACCUGUCUGGUGCCUGGAAGGAAGCAUAGAUUAGCAUGCAUGAGGCCAUGGCUAGUUAAAUAGGAAUCACAAGAGGUAGCAGUGUAAUAGCAAUAGUGCAGUGCUCUGGUUCCGUGUCAGACAAAACUCAGCAGCAGAUGCUGGUGCCAGAAUUGUACUCCUAAUAUUCUUGGGGGUUGGGGAAGAAAAGAGGAUGAGAGAGACCUGUGUGAACAGCUUUGCUGUGACAGGAGGCAGCAUAUAGUUCUUUAACAUGGGUUGCCAGAAGGGCAUGUAAAAGUACGCAAGGUAUUGUCAGCUUGAUUAAAGAGUGCCUGCUUUCUCUGUUAUAAUCCCUGCUGAUACCCUGCACUAUUUCACCUAAAAGCAUUCAGUGUGGUAGAUAAUCCAUAUUAAUCUUCAAAACAAUAGGAAGUGGGGAAAGGGAGCAAUGUGAGAAAAGUGGGGGAAAGGAGGACAGGAGGGAAUGACAAAGAUACAGAUCAAAAGGAGGGAGAAAGUUCGUUCUGGUGCUCCUGGGAGAUGUACAUUCCUAGAACACUUUCAUUUAAAUGCUCCUAAUUAUCAUGAGCAUCUGCAAGUCCUAAAUGAGCUGCUCUUUUCAUUUGUUCUUUUCAGUUAUUUCAUCAAAAGUGUUGUACCCCUACAGCUCCUAGAGACUUGUGCUGAGAUUUUGUCUGCAUUUCACUGCAAAAAUCAAGCUGGCUACAGUUCUGGAAUAGCUUCAGGCCUGGCCCCCACCCACUGCCUUGACAUAGCAGUCUGACAACAGAGAAGCAGACGUUAAAGGAAAGGUAUAGAUAGAGAAUGUGGGAGAAAGAAGAACAGCAAUAGGAAGAAGAGGUGUAGAAGAUUCAGACAGAGAAUGAGACAAAGGACCUUUUCACACAAUGUGUGGCAGCAAUCCUAGGUUUGCCGCAAAGUAUAAACUGGAUGGUAAGCGGCAACCAAUUCUGGAUUUCAGAUAAGUGAAUCUCUAUGACACAUAUGUUUCCAAACACACAUAUACAUUUUUAGAUGCACAUUUUUAAAGGGUUUUUUUUAGAUCUAAAAGAAUAAAUAAAGUGCAAAGAAGCACAUAGCGCUAGAGUGUAUUAAUCAGACAGAGGCAACUCUGUGCAAACAUCUUCACUACGCAUGCAAAUCCAUUAUUCAAAUGAUGGCUUGAAUAGGUAGAAUAGCCAUCACAAACGGAACACCACAGACAGAGCUUUUAUUUUACCUGAAUCAUUAUACUUUUCAAUGGAAGGAAAUUAGCAUGUUCACCUGGAAAUCAUGUGGGUCCCCUCCAGACUAGUGUGUAUGUGUGUGGGUGUGUUUGUGGGUGUAUUCUGCAACCUAUCAGUGAUGCAAUAGCAGUCUAUUAAAGGUAAAGGUAAAGGGACCCCUGACCAUUAGGUCCAGUCGUGACCGGCUCUGGGGUUGCGGUGCUCAUCUCGCUUUAUUGGCCGAGGGAGCCGGCAUACAGCUUCCGUGUCAUGUGGCCAGCAUGACUAAGUCGCUUCUGGCGAACCAGAGCAGCACACGGAAAUGCCGUUUACCUUCCCACCCGAGCAGUACCUAUUUAACUACUUGCACUUUGACAUGCUUUCAAAUUGCUAGGUUGGCAGGAGCUGGGACAGAGCAAUGGAAGCUCACCCUGUCGUGGGGAUUCAAACCGCCAACCUUCUGAUCAGCAAGUCCUAGGCUCUGUGGUUUAACCCAAAGCUCCGCCCGCGUCCCUUAGUCUAUUAGUCUAGCAGUCUAUUAGUGGUGGAUUUAUACUGCAUCACUCACACAUUGUUCCAUUUUAUUAGUUGUUGUGUGAUGCAUCCCCAGUGUUACCACAUCAUUGUCAUCUGGAGGGGGCACAAAAGUGGGACCAAAAAUCCUUGGGACUUUGUAGUAUGAAAAGUUUGGGGGUUCCAGCAGAAAACUGUGGGACAUGCACCAGUUGGAAGCAAUGGCGUACGUUUGACUCAAAACUUUUAUGGUACUGAAAGCAAGGUCACAGAUAACUGCCCCAAUGCCAACCUGAACACAAAUCAUGAUGGAUGUGCAAUGAAAAGGACACCUGGAGGGGCCCUCAGUGAUGGUGUAGUCAUGAUUUUAGGAUUGGGUGUGGAUGUGGGAAGUCCAGGUUCAAAGCAGCACUCAAUUAUGAAGCUCUUUUUGGUAGCCUUCGCCAAGUGCCUACCUUGGCCUCACAAUCUCACCUAUCUGUUUUUGAGGAGGAACAGAUGUUGUUUGGAGCUCCUUGGGGAAAGGGGCAGGAUACAAAUGUAACUAAUAAUAAUUGACACUAAUGCUAGCUAAUACAUUAUUUAGGGUGUUUUAAAAACGUUUUUGCAGAGAUGGCUGCCGCUACUGUAUAGUGGCUGUGAGCUAUGCACAAGAGAUCUGUCUUCACCGCAAACUUAAAAGGGUUUAAACUCUUAGGAAUUGCCCCCCCAAUGAAUUGAUUUAUAACUCACCAAAUGUAGGAUACGAUGCCAUGCAUAACGCUGCUAUGGUUCUCCAGCAGAAUUCUCACCACAAUUAUAAUUCCCAGAGCACUUUGUGCGAAGUCAUAUGAUGCCCCCCCAUGGAGCUUCCCCACCCCCCAGACAUGAUGCUACCUUGGAAGGGGGAGAGGAUUUGCUGCCCUCCAAAAAAAAUUGGGGCUCUACCUCCUACCAGCCUCAGCCACUCAGGGAUGAAAGCAGUGGUGGUCUGACACCAUCUUGAAGGCCACAGGUUCCCCACUUCUGCUUUGGGGAUAAAUAAAGGUUAUGUGCUGUUUGUAUUUGUGCAACAAGUACUAGUCAACAGGUGGCUCUUUCUCCAUUAUUUUUAUCUCCAUGGCAAGAAAACUUGACCUGUUGAUGCAAGAUUGCUUUGAGACUCUUGAAAGGAUGCUUGUCAAAGGUGGUGAAUCUAAGGAAGACUAUGGGCCAAAGUUAGAGGCAGAUGAAAUGACUGGGUUUCCACAAUACAAUUUCGUUAAAUAAAUCCAGACCCAUCCAAAGCAAUGUAGUGGGACCAUCUCUGAAGUUGUUUCCAGUGAGUUGUAGUAGUGUUUGCUUUACACUGGGGAGACCCACCCACAGCCACAGAGUUUAUUAGGUGGCCUUGAAUCAGUCGUUGUGGCUCAGUCUAACCUACCUCACAGGGUUGUUGUGAAUGUAAAAAGUAGGAGCUAUGUAUGCUGCUGCAAGCUGUUCGGAGGAAGGGCAGGGUAAAUAAUAAAUAAUCAUUGAUGUCUUGGUGAUUAGAACCAAAUUCAUGUAGCCUCUUCAAUAAAAGACUAUGAUGACAGUUCGGGAUAGAAGGGCUUGCAUUUGUAAAAUCUCUGUGACUCUGUUGAAGUUUAUCUGCAAACAAACAAAAUCCCUUCACUUCUGCAGUCUUGGUCACUGUAAAUACAUUAUGCAAGAAAAUGAGUCACUGCAAGUAGAAUAAACUAAAUAAUGAAAACAAAUGAUAUGCUAUUAUUCUUAAUAUAUUCAGAAUACAUAUUAUUCAUUUUCUGAUUAUCAAUUUUCAAAAUUUAAUGCAGAAACGGAAAUAUACACCCCCACCUGCAGUGAUACCACUGUCCACACCAUAUAUUUAAAGCAUAUGAUUUUUCAAAAGAAUCCCAGAAAUGUGCGCAGCAAACACACAUCUGGAUCCCCAACGAGGAGAUACUGAGAAAGAGCACUGGGUGGGGAAAGGGUUAAACAUCCAUCUAUUUCUCUGCUGAGAGCCAAUCCUUUCUGGAGCUGCUUUUUUUCUUAAAAGAAGUUGAUUUAGGGAGUUAAUAUAUGCAUUUGCAUAACAGGCAGUUUCUCCCUACCGCCUUUUACAGUUCAGUCAACAUUAGCAAUUUCCUUCAAUAGCAACUGUGCCAGCAAGUAGGCAGCAGGCAGAGUCUGUGAUAAGCAAGGAGUGUAUUUGUAAAAGAAAGGCCUUGCAAGGGGAGCAAAAUGGAAGAUCCCAUGUAUUUAGAAUGCACGGGAUGUUGCUGCAUGGCCUGAAAUAAGCUGCAGGCUUUGGAAAUUGGCAAGCUGGAAUCACAGACUGAAUAUUUGAACUUGUGGCUUUUGUUAUUGCCAUCACUUCAUUGAGCAAUGUCAAGUUCACAAGGCAGUAAACACUCAGGGAUUUAUAAAGGAAAUCACUUUUAAAAAUGACUUGCAUGAAUUCGUGGAAGAUUUCUGGAGACACUUGGUCAAUUAAAACGUUUAGCUCUUUCUAGGCAGCUCUGCUGCACUACAGCUUGGUAGGUUUGCCAUACAUAGUUCACCACUGACACCUGGUGUUUAGCUUGGUUCAUUGCAAGUGGCUUCAGUUUCUUACUGCAAUCUUAUGACCUGAUGCGAGUCAGUAAGGCAGAGGUACCUAAUGUAGUGUCUUCUAUAUGUUGAAGGCUCUAACCAUCAACAGUCCAGGUUGAUGGGAGUUGUAGACCACAACAUCUGAAGGGCAUCACAUGGUCUUCCCUGUGCACUAAAGCAGUAACUCACUGCAGUAUGAAUUAGCCAUGUUCAUGUGUUGCAGCAAAAGCAAUACAGUAGUCUUGUGGCCCCUGAAUGACUAACACAGUUACUAUGGCAUAAGCUUUCGUGGACCAGAGUCCACUUCACUAUAUACACUUGUAAAUAAUGAGAUCUAAUGGCAACGACGUGCCAAUAGUACACUCUGUGAAAAUUCAACUGAAGCUUAAAAUUGUAUGCAAAAUAAACCCAGUGACUAUUCACAACAGCAGUAAUUGGUGAUACCUUAAUUAUUGUUAAAUUAAUUAAUGUCUGUAGUGGGACAAGGACCCAUAGUCUCUACUUAUGCUCAGAACUGAUAUAAUCAAACUUCUUAUUCAGUUCUAAUUCAGUAGUUUCAUACCGGCGUCUUCUUUUAAACUUGCUGUGUAAUUGAGUUUCAGGUCAGUCUCUAUGCAAUGAUGAUGAUGAUGAUGAUCACAUAUCUGACAUCAGGAAUGGCAACGUUCAGAAACUCGUGAGAGAACAUUUCAGUCUCCCAGGACUCUCUCCUAAUGCUGACUUGAACAUUGCUAUUCUCCAACAAAGGAAGGAUGAUUAGGUUAUCACAAAUUACCACUGUUGUAACUGAUUCCAUUGUUUUUUGUGCAUACAUUUAAACUUUAAUUGUACUGUCACAAGCUGUACGUUUGGCAUUUCAUGGUCAUGGGACUCCAUUGGUCCCCCCCCAUCCUUCCUCUACACCAGUGGUUCUCAAAGUUGUGGCAGGAGAGGGGGGCAAGUGUGGUGGGAAGAUUCAAGGACAAAGAAACAUUUCAAUAUUUCAGGGUAGUAUAGUGUCAAAACAUUUUUUAAAAUAUUUGCAGGAAAUGGAUAGGUAUCGUUUCAAAAUGAGAGCAGGAGCAUCAAGUGAUACUGAGAACAAUCCUGGUUGUGUUUUCCAAUCUAUUUCUUAUCAGUAAAAAAAAGAAAAAUCAGUGUAGCACAAGCAAUUUUUUAUUCUGUAAGUGUGGCCCAGAGAAAAAAGUUUGAGAGACACUGCUCUACAACCAUGUGUAUAUAACCAUGUCCACUGACAAAUCAAAGAAAUGCACCUGAUGAAGGGUACCCAUGAAAGUACUAUAGCAGAAUAACUUUAGCAUAUAGAAUGUAACUAUAGUCACGUCAAGCUUGAGCCAUAUGUCUACAGCUUCUGCACACCUGAAAGAAUUGCUUAGUGACACUGCUUUUGGAUUCCCUCUGUAGAGGCCACCUUCUCUCAAUCACCUAUUCCAGAAUACAGAGGCACCAGCAGGGCUGCUCCAGAGCAUGCUGCUUUAUUUUUGCAAUGUUACUGGUACUAGUGAUGUGCAGGAUCUAUUCUGUAGUAAUGAAACCAGUGGAAUUUGCUGCCAAGGAGUGUGGUGGAGUCUCCUUCUUUGGAGGUCUGUAAGCAGAGGCUUGACAACCAUAUGUCAGGAGUGCUCUGAUGGUGUUUCCUGCUUGGCAGGGGGUUGGACUCGAUGGCCCUUGUGGUCUCUUCCAACUCUAUGAUUCUAUGAUUCUAUGAAACCUGAAUUCUAGCUGCAGUGGCUAUAGGUUAAACUGCGUGGGAUCUGCAUAAGACCUCCAUUAGCCUAACCCUAUUAAUAUUAAUAUACUUACAGCUUCUUGCUGCAGUGGAAUCCUCUGCCAGAUUUCACUAGGAGGGAUGGGACGCACACACACAUAUACAAUUGACUACUGACAGCUCCCAUAAAUACCCAUGAUCCAGUUGAAAUAGGAGUGCAUGACAGGGUUACCACCCCUACUCUGAACUGUAUAUUGCCCUUUCCAUAACGUGCUUUGCUCAGAAGGAGCGUUGGAAAUUAACCUGGCUGCAGUCACAAAGGAAGCACAUAACAGUGCUGAACCUGGUGAAGUCUUAACUUAGAAGGCCAUAGAUUUUUGCCAUUAGCUGUUAAAGAAAUGAAACGUCUUAACUAUGCACAAAUUGUUUCCUCCAGUGCAUGACACACAGCCCAUGUCAACAGUUAAUGCCCCAGUCAUCUCCACUCCAUCUUCCCCUCCCCAUUAUUUGCAUCUCAAUUUUUGCGACCAAUGGACAUAGUUUCCUAGAGGAAGCAGCUAUACACAUAAUGCUAUACUGCUCUGUGCUCGCAAGGAAAAGCCAAUUAGCACCUACCUGUCAUAUCCACCCCCACCCCACCCCACCCCGCUGCUGACUCACCUGCUCCCCUCAUCACAUUUGCAGUGCUAUUGUUCACCCUGCUGGAAGAAGUAUAUCAGUAGUACUGUCCCGAUCCUUUAAAGGUAAAGGAGAUAGUUAGGAGUCCCAGGCAGAGGAAAUAAAUGCAUAUGAUGCAGUAGGAACAAAUACUAGAUGUUUCCACUCACAUUCUUUGAAGCACCAGAAAUCACUGGGCAGGCUGUGGCUCUUGCUGUAGCCCGAUUACUUGGCUUCCAUUUUGGACAUGUCGCCCAAUGGUUGUUGUUGUUCUUUUUUCCAGGUUCGGGAUAAAAAACUCCUCAAUGACCUGAAUGGUGCUGUCGAAGACGCCAAGACUGCCCGUCUUUUUAACAUUACCAGCUCAGCACUGGCCACUUUCUGCAUCAUCCUUGUCUUCAUCUUUCUGCGAUACCCACUCACCAACUACUAG